ACAACAUUCUGCUUCCGGUUGUGAUUAGACCAUCGCAAUGGCUCAAGGCAAACAGAAAUUUAAAGGGCAGCGACCCGGAGGAGCGAAAAAACAACAGAACAAACCGAAAGGACUCAAGAAAGGAGGAAGGAUAAUCGCACCCAAGAAAGCUCAAGUGGUCCAACAACAGAAACUCAAGAAGGGUUUGGAGGUGGCCAUCAGAAAUAAGAUUGAACAGGAAGUGACACAGAGGGCCAGCACUUCCUUACAUAAGAAACUGAGUGUCCUGAAGACUCCAGCGGGGAAGAAUGGGACAUCAGGACCCCCAAAAUCCGCUGCUGGAUCAUCCAAAUAACACACCAGAACCUGUUGGGAGCUCAAGAUGUGAUGAACUGCUUACAUGCAAACAGUAUAAUUUGCUGUAUGGACACUAGGUGGAGCUAGAAGCCAUAUUGUAAAGACUAAUUGCUUGACAGUAAAAAUGUAUGUAGAAAUGUGGCUUGAUGCUUGUACACUGCAGAUUAGUUUUACUGCGAGAGCUGGCCUUUUAUGACAUAUUCAUUUUGAGCUUAUUUUUAUAUUAUAAGUAAAAUGACAAUUGUUUGUGACCUUUAUGUGAGUUUUGCAUGGUCAAGUACCACUAAUGUUUCUUUAGAAAAUGUAAAAAUUGAAAAUUGGCUCUCAAGUGCUUGAAUGACAACAUUCGUUCAUUGUAUUACCAUUGAUCUCUUUGGAAACAGAUUUAUUAAAUUAGUUUGAAUAAUAUAAAGGUGCAACUGGAGACUA